GCGCUCGUCAGUCUCUGUCAGUCUCAUUGCUCUCAAUCUCCGACCUCGCGCGUAGGCUUCUCCGAUGUUUUAUAUUUAAGCUCGAGGAUCCUACGUGAAAUAGUGGGGGCUCGCCACUUGCUACUCUGCCGCUAUGGCCAUACUACACCAGACGACGGCGAACACGGUUGCGACGAUCCUGGGCGUGUCUCAGCCAUGGCUCCCUCCUUCGCAGCAGCUUUUCGUGGACACGUUUCUGCCGGGUUGCGCGGGCUUAUUGCUUCUACUUCAUGACCUAUUGUCGUCAAUAAGAUUCCACAGAAGCAUCCGGACAGCCUUCCGGAGACUUGCAUCGCCGUUUAGGGAUUUCCUGACCCUGGAGGACCUUGAAGAGCAACCACACCCUGUCGCGCCUCCGGAAGCAUGGAAGGCGAGAGUACUCGUACUGGGAUCCGCGCUCGAGAGCGUUGCAUGGGUGUGCGUGCUUGCGUAUGGUGCGGUGGGGGAAGACAAGGGCUUGUCUAUGCAGGCCGCCGUUGCGGCGAUUACAUGGCUGUAUGCCGUACUCAGAGUGUUGUUCAAGCCACCGGUCACUCCGCCAUACCUCCUCAUCGUGCUGUACCUCGCGCAUGCCACCGUUGCUCUCGUGGAUCUGCUCCAGAGGUUCAUCGGCGGAGAGCGCAACCCAGCCUUCACUACGCUCGUCGUGCUACAACUACUUUCGCCUACCUUGUUGGCCUGGGUAGCGGGGUCACUGCCCGUCCGGGCGACCCUCCCAACACGGAAUGUCGCAAAACAUGCGGAUGUUCCGACAAGUGCAGCGACAAUGCCGGAGGAUAGCGUCACCCUGUGGUCGUGGUCGACCUUCUCCUUCGUCGAGCCGCUCUUCAAGGUUGCGUCGGCACAUACGCUCAAUGAGACGGAUGUCUGGAGCUUGUCGCCGUACUUCAAGCACAAAAAUCUGUUCACAAAGUAUUUGAAGUACCAGGAAGAGCACCCAACGCACUCGCUUCUGUGGUUCCUGCUUGCAUCUAACUCGCUGGACUUGACGCUAGACAUUGUCCUCGAGCUAUGGAGUGCUGUUUUUGGCUUCGUCCCUCCCUACGCGUUGCAGGAGAUCCUCUCAGCUCUUGCGGACCCGUCCCCGGAGUCCACUCAGCGCGCAUACUUCUGGGCAAUCAUGACCUUCCUCGCACAUCUUUCUUUCGCUCAGGUCGACCUAUAUCAAAAUUGGUACACGCGCCGCUGUUACGAGCGGACUCGCGGACAGCUGUUUUGCGCCUUGCACUACAAAGCACUAAGGAGACGGGAUGUCGGCGGAAAAACUAGUCAUGAGGACAAGGAGAACGAUAACGCCGACCUCGGAAGGAUCGUCAACUUGAUGCAAGGUGAUGCAUAUGCGGUGGCCAACCGCUUUUGGCAGUUCUCGGGCUUCUUCAUGGCCCCUAUACGUUUGACAAUCGCCCUCAUCUUCCUUUAUCGAAUCCUGGGGUGGAGUUCACUGGCCGCGGUUGUCGUGGUUCUAGUCGCCUACGUGGUGAACUACCCCCUCGCCAAGUACAAUGUCUACGUUACACGUCAAUCUUGGACCGCUCGCGAUACCCGCAUGAACCUCGUCAAUGAACUGUUCCAAAACAUUCGGUUCCUGAAGUACUAUGGCUGGGAACAUCGAUGGUCGGCUCGUGUCCGCGAGGCGCGAGAGUCCGAGCUCAAAUGGCGAGUCAAGGACAACAUCGUCUCAGUCUUCAUUACGUUCAUAUGGACCUGGAUCCCUUCCGCAACUGCCGUGGCCUCAUUCCUGUGCUUCACGCUCAUUGCCGGCGAGAGACUCACGGUCGCGAAGGCGUUCACUUCUAUCGCACUGUUCUCGUACAUACAGGAGCCGAUGACACAGCUGCCUGAGCAAUUCUUCGCACUGCUGCAUGCGUACGUCAGCAUGCAGCGUAUCGAAAAGUUUCUCGCAGAGGCCGAGGUCCCCGAGUGGGCGUCAUCCCUUAAAAUGUCAGCGAAUCCUGCGGCGCCUCUUCAAGAUGAAGUUGGAUUCGAGGACGCGGUAUUCGAAUGGAACGUUUCCCCGAGGGACGUACAGUCAAGGUUCCGAUUGGGACCCCUGAAUAUCAAGUUCCCGAAAGAGAAGUUGACUCUGGUUAGUGGGGCGACAGGCUCCGGGAAGAGCGCUCUUCUUGCGGCAUUGCUAGGAGAGAUGCACUGUAUCUCUGGAGGAGUAAUCCUCGAUAAGGCUGGUCACCAGGUCGCGUACUGCGCUCAGAACCCAUGGCUAGAACACGCCACAAUUCGAGACAACAUCAUCUUUGGUGCCGCGUAUGGAUAUGACGAGAGACGCUACCGAGCUGUUAUAGAAGCUUGCGCGCUCACGCGGGACCUGGAGAUUUUCGAAGCGGGCGAUAUGACAGAGAUUGGGGAGAAGGGCAUUACUCUUUCUGGCGGACAACGUGCUAGGAUAGCUCUGGCUCGUGCCCUGUACUCUCAGGCCACGUGUCUUCUGCUCGACGAUCCGUUGGCAGCGGUCGACAUGCAUACCGCUCAGCAUCUGGUAACUCACGCCUUGACUGGGAUGCUCGCGCGGGGUCGAACGAUCAUUCUCGUGACUCACCAUAUCAGUCUAUGCCUCCCCAAGGCAUCCUAUCUAGUCGAGCUGUCCAGUGGCUCAGUCAUACGCCAAGGUUCGACCCAAGCACUACGGGAGCAAGGCCAGCUGUCACAGAUCGUGGCGGCAGAGGACAUCGUUCAGGAGUCUGAGUCAUCCGAAUCUUCGUCGGCUACACUUGAAACCGAGAACGAAGCCGACCUCGUCGACCAGCCGAAGUCUACAGAUGAAAAUGCGAACAAGUCCAGCGGGAAGUUGAUCGAGGCAGAGGCUCGUGCUGAAGGGCGUGUAUCUGCGCGAACAUACUGGACGUAUAUUCUUGCCGCAGGCUUAUUGUGCUGGGCUUUCACGAUGGUUUUCAUGGUGCUUGUUCGUUUGAUCACCAUCGCGAAUCAGCUAUUCAUUGCCCGCUGGGGUGAAGCUUACGAGACCACGGGAUCAUCGAUUAUGAAGACGCUCCUGCAAACGCCUACUGUGUGGGCGAAGUUACCGCCGCCAGAUGUGGACGUCAAGCCUUGGUUACUGAUCUUCUUGUGCAUAUCCUUCUCCGGCGCUGUUGCCGUCAUUUCCAUUAUCUCGCUGGGAUACUACUCCAGUCUACAGGCCUCGCGAUCGCUCUUCCUUGGCAUGCUUAGCAGGCUGACUGGGGCGCCUUCGCGCUUCUUUGACGUCACUCCCAUAGGACGGAUACUCAACCGGUUCACGUCCGACAUUAACACCGUCGACAACACCUUGCAAAACUCCGCAAGGUCGGCACUUGCUGGAUGCUUCAACUUCCUAGCUUCGCUGGUGGUGAUUAUCUGGGUUGUGCCGACUUUUGCCCCCUUUGCCCUCUUCAUCGCUUGGCUGUACAUCCGUCUGGCUCCGCGCUUCGUACAGGCGUCGCGCGAUCUACGGCGACUGGAAUCAAUCUCACUGUCCCCAGCCUUUGCAGGGUUCGAUGAGUUGUUGCGCGGACUCCCUCACGUCCGGGCGUUCGGCAUGGAGCAGAGGUACCAAGCGAGGUUCUACGAUCGAGUUGAUACGUUCCAGUGCUUCGAUCACGUCUACUGGCUGGUCUCUGGGUGGCUGCAGUGGCGAUAUGACUGCCUCGGAUCCGUGGUGGUUUUCCUCACAACCAUCUUCGCUCUCAUGGGCUCGGUCUCGUCCGGGUUUGCUGCGCUUGUCAUCGUUCAAGCUGGCGUCUUUGCCCAAGCCUCCAGGGUGCUCGUCAGGGUAUUGGCACAAUUGGAGCUCGACUUCAACUCCGUAGAGCGGAUUGGAGAGUACCUUGACGUACCACAGGAGGCUGCGGCAAUUAUCGCCAGCAACCGGCCUCCAGCCUAUUGGCCUUCCAGCAAUGGCGAGUUGGUCGUUGAGGACCUGGUGGUCAAAUACGCGCCAGAGCUACCUCCAGUAUUGCACAACUUGUCGUUCACAAUUAGACCAUGUGAGAAGAUUGGAGUGGUUGGUAGAACAGGGUCAGGGAAAUCGACGCUGGCACUGUCCCUACUACGCAUGGUGGAACCCAGUGAAGGUCGUAUAAUAAUUGACGGUAUAGACAUCACCAAGAUCGGGCUCGAUGACUUGCGUACGCGUGUAACCAUCAUCUCGCAAGAUGUCUCCCUCUUCUCGGGCACGUUGAGGAGCAACAUUGACCCGUUCAACGAACAUUCAGACCAAGAAUGUCUCGAGGUCCUUGAGCGAUGCCACUUGCUCUCUAUCCUCAGACAUUCGUCUUCGAAAGCAGAUGCGGGUCACCAAGACGUAACCCUCGAUAUGCCGAUCAGUCAAUCAGGUUCGUUGAGCGCGGGUGAACGCCAGCUCGUUGCAAUGGCUCGUGCUGUAUUGCGGCGUAGUAGCGUCGUCAUCAUGGACGAGGCAACGUCGCAGAUAGAUGCAAGCUUGGAUGACCAGAUACAGCGCACUAUCCGCGAAGUCUUCGCAGAUGCGAUAGUCAUCACGAUCGCUCAUCGGCUGAAGACGGUCCUCGACUACGACCGCAUCAUGGUCUUAGGCGGAGGGAAGAUACUGGAAUUCGACACUCCACGACUACUGAUGUCAAAACGUGACGGUCUCUUCGGAGAGAUGUGUCGAGCAAGUGCUGAUUGGCAGGAGUUGCAAGAUGCAGUCAGCAACCUCUCGGAACGAUCAUAGUAUGAUCAAUUCUGGGAUGUAAACAUGCGUAGAGUUGCAAAGGAACCAUGGAUUCUGUGAAUUGCGCUGAACUAGAUAGACUCGAAUGUUAUGAUAUUGCAGAUUCGAACUA